CCCCCCGCUGAGAACCAGGUGUGCCAAGGAAGUCAGAACUUCCCGGUGUCUCCCAGUCACUCAUGCAAAGCAGUCAUUUGUAAAAUGAGGCCUCCUGUCUAGUUCAGGGGAUCCUGGGCACAGCCAAGGCACAUCACAGCCGGCUUUGGAUGACCUAGAGGACUCCCUGAGUCUGUUAAUAGUUGACAGUGACAGACUCAACGUGUCAGGGGAAAGGGAAGACACUUAUUCAAAGCAAAUGGACGCACAUCGGAAAAAAAGACCCCAACAUGGCUUCCCACCCCACCUCUUACCCUCAGGACUUGGUGUGUGAGUCUGGUCCCUUCAGUGUCCAGUGGACAGCUCCCCACCCCCAUCCCAGCCAGUGAACCAGCAGUGCCUUUGCCUGGGUAAAAGGACUUCAUUUCCCUGUGCUGCCAUAGCAACCAGGAAACAACCUGCCUCCACAAUGGGAAGGAUGGUGCCUUGGCCCGGAUUUGCAGAUGCACGAGGCCUGUAGCAGAGCAACCAGGUCUCAGGGACAACAAGGGCUCAGAGGAGCAGAGCGCACACAGCCUGCUGUCUGAGGGCCUUACGGUUUGGUUCUUCUCUCCACAAAGAUGCACUCUGUCUAAACUGUGUGCCUGCCUGUUACUGGGUCUCUACGAGGGGAAACAGAUUUCAUAAAAGGCCCAAUGUUCAUGGUCUCUUUUGGUUUGCUGUUGAGCUUUGGAAACCCUGAGGUGUGACCAGCUUUCAGCCUUCAAAACCGAGAUGAACUGCCUUUGAGAGGGAGCGGUCGGGGAGGAAUCAUGCUCACCCUCUCUCUCCUGAGCCGGGGACACGGGAAGUUGGUCCAGAAUAAACAGAAGCUGGAAGUCUAUUUUGAACCAGAGGACUAUUUGAACUGGAAGUCCCCAGAAGACUAUGUCCUGGUCAGUAACCCCCGGGAUGGGGACAGUGCCAGCCAGCACUCCUGGAGCCUCUUACUUCCUAAGACCUUCAGCACAAGAAAGGGAGCGCUGAUCCUCUACUCAGAGGGGCUAGCUGUGUCAGCGUGGCCACCCAAAGAGAGGAGAAGAGGUCACAGGAAGAAGCCAGACCUUGAACUGCACACGCUUCAAGACCUCAAAGAAGCCAUUUUGGCAUAUGGAAGGAGACAGAGGGAGCAGGACAGAGCCUGGCAACCUUACCUCUACUUCCGAAGCAAGUCAAAGAGCCAGACCCAACGGCAGAUCCAGCCUGGGUAUUCGGCCAAGAGAUACCUCCGAGGCCUUUUGUGGACAUGGUCCCCUGCUACAGUGUACAGGCUCCAGUGUGCAGGACACAUCAAGGAUUCUGUGCUGCUCCAGGACAGUCAGCUUGGGGUGCCCAAGAAUCUCAGGCCACACCAGGAUCUUUCGGGUGUUCCCCCCAAAUACCAUCUCCUGCCUGUCUUCCCUUCCUUUUGGAUUCAACAGAGACCAUCUUAUGAACAAGACCAACAGGGCCUGGAUGAAGGGGGAAAUGGGACUCGUGCAUACGUGGACCAGAGCCACAGCCAUCGGUGGACUCACAUGACGCCACUCAGGAAGCAGCCGCGGCAGGAAGACGAAACCCCAGCCGAGGACACAUCGGCAGAGAGCCACCUCCGUGCCCACGCUUCAGAGGAGAGUCACAAUGCAGAGCCUCAGCAAGCCUCCAGGCGGGCCCUUGGGUGUGCCCGCCUCGGUCACCUUCAGCUUCCUCGUGACAACUCCCUCUACACGUUCUCCGGCGGUGCCUUCCCAGAUAAACGAGGGAACACGAAACCCCACAAGGCCAGAGGCGGCUGCUUAUCACAGGAGCCUCCUGCUGAAAGAGGCCUUUUCCCUCCAAUAGCAUCUGCCACGGGCUCAGAACAAAGGACGUUUGGAGAAACAAAGAAAAAGGAGGCACCAAAGGCUCUGAAAUUACCUCCUGUUUCAGAAGAACCCCCCAGAGUCCUCAACCCCCUGAGGAGCCGAUUUAAGGCCAAUGAACCCCCAAUGGAGCUCUUCAUUAUCCCAAUGGAGAUUCAUUUCCAUGCCCCACAGCCCCCCAAAGAAAAGGCCUGCAGAAGAGCUGCUCAGCACCCUGAAUCAGAUCCAGAACCAGAAGAGGCCACGCCUCUAUGGCGGCCUGCCCUGAAGCGGCUGUACUUAGAAAGGCCAAGGGGCAUCACGGUGCAUCUCCCGGUGGCCAGUGGCCAGGACACACCCUCACCUCAAGGUAGUUCCUUUCUCCCGCCGGCAGCCCAAGGGAACCUCACUCUAAACCGAAACAAGGCAAGACCCAGGAGGGUCCUCCAUGGAGAGAAAGGCUUCCAGGGAGGAGAUGGUGAUAGCCUGGCCAAGGGUGAGGACCAACCACUGCACCUCCCGCCCCUGAAUAAAGGGAAAAAAAGUCCAGAGAUCCGGAAGGACAUGGACAGCUCCAGGACAUCAGCCUGCAACAGUCCCACAGGUCGCUCAAAUGAGGGGGCACUGCCAGCAAGACCAGAAAAUUCCAGAGACCCCACACUGGGACACUUCGUGCGGAGUCCAGAUGGUGAAAACGUCUGUCUGUCGCUCGAGGGGCUCACGGGAACGGAGGCGCUUCCACCGGGACAAGCAAACACUGAAUCCAGAACCAGUCUUCAUCGAGAUCAUUAUGAAGCCUUCUCACCUUUGACUCAAGCAACAGAGACUCAGGAACGUGGAGAUGAACCUGACUCUCAUGAAGAACCGGGAGGACCCCAUAGAGGGAAUGAUGAAGACGGCCAAGACCCAGAGCCAGGGAGCAUGACCCUUGACCCCCUCAGUACUCCUGCAGCUAAGCUCAAUCGGACCUCCGAGGCUGACACCGUGAAAAGCACGGACGGAGAUGACGAUGUGUACCGCCUGCACAGAGGACUGCUAGAACGCGAGCUGGCAUCCCCAGAGAGGCUGGGUUCUGAGGCUGCAUCUCUUCCUCCAAGAAGAAAAAAGAAGAAGAAACUGGAUCCAAAACUGUCCGACCAGCAGAACUCAGCUGCCAUCAGUCAUGGAAGGGAUUUGGUUGACAAGCCUGAGAGGAAGAAAAAAACCAAGACAGACAAGGCCAGAGCCCCCAGAACAGAGAGAGAAGGGCAGGCCCUGGGGCGAGCCGAGGCUGCUGGAGGGAAGUCAAAGGAUUCAAAAACUGAAAAGAAAUCAGGGCUAAUUCCAAAAGAAAAGAAACCAGGCACCAAAAUGAAGAGGGCACACAGAGAAAGGGACGUGGAGACGGCAGCAGAGCGGAGCGAGCCCGAGGACACAGGUGGCACCUCAGAGGGAGGGCCCCUCCGCUCACACUCUGCCGCUGAGGACCCUUGGCUUUCUCCUGAAUAUGAUGCUCUGGAGAGCCAGGUGUCUAUAGAUGGAAGAUCAUCACCCACACAGGCCAUGGGUGUCACUACCAACAUGGAAUCUGAGGAAGAGAGAAGCCCCGAGGACCCUUCCAAGGCCCUCCUGGAUAAGAGGCAGCAGGAGAAGGCUUCUCGAGACAGAAUUCGCAUACAGAGGGCCGAGAUGAGGUGGCUGGAGGUGGAGCGGAGCAGAAGGGAGCAGGAAGAGCUGACCCGGCUCCAUAAGGAGCAGCUGGAGAGAGCGGAGAAGAUGAAGGAGGAGCUGGAACGGGAGCAGCAGAGGCGCAUUGAGGAGAUCCGCCUGAGAAAGCAGAGACUGGAGGAAGAGCGGCAGCGGCAGGAGGAAGCGGAGAGGAAGCGGAGGCUCCAGCUGCAGGCGGCCCAGGAGAGAGCCCGGCAGCAGCAGGAGGAGCUCCGGAGGAAAAUGCAAGAACUGCAGAGGAAAAAGCAGCAGGAGGAGUUGGAGAGGGCUGAGGCCGAGAAGCAACGGCAGAAGGAACUGGAAAUGCAGUUCGCAGAAGAACAGAAACGCCUGAUGGCAAUGGCCGAGGAAGAGCGGCUGGAGUACCAGAGGCAGAAGGAAGAAGCGGAAGAGAAGGCUAGGCGGGAGGCCGAGGCGCGGAGGCAAGAGGAAGAGGCGGCAGCGAGGCUGGCGCUGGAGGAAGCCGUGAAGCUUGCCCAGGAGCAAGCCAGGCAAAAAGCUGCUUUGGAGAAACACCUUCAUUUUCAACAAGAACUCUUAAAGGAAGCCAGUGGUCUGCAGUGGACACAGAGCAUCUCCAGACCGUGGGUCUACUCAUACUUCCGGUUCCUACGAAUCCCCAAGCCGUAAGGCUAGAAGAAAGCAAGACAGACCACCUUAAGUUCAAGAGCCUUGAUGCCUAAACUACAAUCCACAGUUCCAGUUGGAGACACUAACACUAGUCUCCAACAUAGGAUGCCCUAUGUACUUCAAUGUGUUCAAGAGUUGAUGGUGAAUGGAAAUUCUGUCAUGCAGUAACUCUGGAUUAGCUAAGAAGAGCUAAUCAUAUAUUAAGAAGUCCUUCUAGAAGACCAAACCACAAUUUCAUCCUUGGAAUCUAAAACAAACAUCUUAGAAGGCAUGUUUGGAAUCACUUAAUACAGGUUUACUUGAGCAAAAUAAGCUCUUUCAGGAGGAAAUUCUCCCAAUCCUCAAAGGACAGAUCUAGAGCAGCAUGUUUGAGUGAGCAUGUAGCUGUUAAAGCUAGAACAUUCGUCCCCCAUACUAGCCACAGUCAAAUGCUCAAUGGCCACAGGUAGUUCCUGGAGGCUGUAUCAGCAAAGAAAUAGAACUAUCACCUCAGAAUUUCACUAUUUUUGACUCUUGAGAACGAACAAAUCUUGAGGUUUUAUUCCCAACUCUGCCUUGAAACUACUCAUAAAACUCUAAGAUUGGUAUCAGAAGUCUUAAGUCAUUCAAUGACUCCUUUAAUGUCUAUAAAUAAAUGUGCCUUUUAACAAAACAUCACAAGCAGUGGUGGCAGCUGUCUUUAAUCCCAGCACUAGCACAGGAGAGCCACAGAGGCAAGUGGAUCCCUGAGUUCAAGGCCAGCCUGGUCUACAGAGCUAGUUCCAUGCCAGCCAGGGCUAUACAACCCCCAUCAUCUCACUGAGAGGGGUUGGCACAUAUCUUUAAUCCCAGCACUGGUGAGGCAGAGGCAGGUGGAUCUCUGUGAGUUUCAGACCAGCUUGUUACACAUAGAAACCCUGUGUGUAAUGCUGAAUGCUGGCACUUAUCUCAUUUUAUCCUUUUUAUUCAGUCCUGGACCCACAGAAUGGCAGUACCCCCACCUAGGGUAGGAAUUCCCACUUCAAAACUUUCUGGACACACACCCAAAGGUCUUUCCAGAGUGACUUUAAACCCAGGCAAAUUGACAAUGACGUUUUAAUCAUCACACUGUCCACAAGUAAAGAACAGUAUUUAGAGGUGACUCCCCACUAACACUCACAAGGAUUUUGCUUUGUACAGGGAUUACAUUUCUCCAGUCUAGAAAUUUAGCUAAUUUUUCUAUUCUAUACUGCAGGAAUUGAGUAACUCCUUGUUUCAUGUAAAACAGAAAUAAAAUGGCCAAACACUAUGGUUACGAUCAUAGUAAAUUUAAAUGUCACUGUUUUUCCGAUGCUGGUCAACCCUACUUGCAAAUUCAACAGUACUUAACUAAUCAACAUACACUCAUGAAUAAAGAUGCAA